UUCCUGUUCAGUGCUGUCCAGAUGGUUCCUCUCACUAUGAACAACUAUGUGUUCCCUGCCUGGGGCCAAGGAGUGGGCUGGUGCAUGGCCCUAUCCUCUAUGCUCCUGAUACCUGGAUACAUGGUCUACAUGUUCCUCAGCCUCAAGGGGGAUUACAAAGAGCGUCUGCGGAUAAUGAUCCAACCCCCGAUAAUGGUGAAAGGAGAGCGUCAGGAGAACGGCCCUGAGCAGACACCGGCAGUAGCCACUGAAGAGGCUUACAUCUAAACCCUGUGCCAUUCAGCCUGUCUCCGAGGCGCCAACUCUUUGCAGAAAACAACGUAAUCAAGGUGAAGCACAACCAAGGGWUGCAUCCCAAYUGGAACCCUAUUCUAUAUAUAGUGCACUACUUUUGGCCCAUAUGGACUACUACCCAAUAUAGGCCCUGGUUAAAAGUAGUGCACUACAUAGGGAAUAGGGUGCCAUUUGGGACGCAGUWAAGAACUUCCAUGUCUGAUUUCUAAUUACCUACCUCCAGGGGAAACGUGACCAACCUGAUUACAAUUUACUUUUCAUUUAUUUUCCAUUWAUUUUUUAUUUUAUUUAUUUUAUUUUUUAUUUUAAUUUGUUUGUCAACAGAAAUAAGAAAGUCAACCAGCUGUUAUUGUGAUAGUUUUGUAUUUCAUAUGCAAACAUGUUAGUCUUUCUAAGAUUYUUACCUAGAAAGUUACUAUAAAUUGAAUUAUAAUUUAAAUUUGGAGGCCCAAUGUGAUUCAACACUAACGUGCUAAUUUAAGAUAUUGACUUAAUUAAUCUAUAAAAAAUGUAGUUAUUGUAAACAG